CUCUGCACCGGGUCCGUGUGCCACCUUUUCCCUGCUUGGGCGCCGCGGCGCGAGCGCUUCCCUUCCCCCUGCGAGCGCGCGGAUAAUGUCUGAGAAUGUCCAUUUCUGGGACGCUUAGCAGCUAUUAUGUCGACUCGAUCAUAAGUCACGAGAGCGAGGACGCGCCUCCAGCCAAGUUUCCUUCGGGCCAGUACGCGAACCCGCGGCAGCCGGGCCACGCCGAGCACCUGGACUUCCCCUCGUGCAGCUUCCAGCCCAAAGCUCCGGUGUUCGGCGCCUCCUGGGCGCCGCUGAGCCCGCACGCCUCGGGGAGCCUGCCGUCCGUCUACCACCCCUACCUGCAGCCCCAGGGCGCGCCGGCGGCCGAGAGCAGGUACCUCCGCACCUGGUUAGAGCCGGCGCCGCGCGCCGAGGCCGCCCCAGGGCAGGGCCAGGCGGCCGUGAAGGCGGAGCCGCUGCUGGGCGCGCCGGGGGAGCUGCUCAAACAGGGCACGCCCGAGUACAGUUUGGAAACUUCGGCGGGCAGGGAGGCUGUCCUGUCUAAUCAAAGAGCCGGCUACGGGGACAAUAAAAUUUGCGAAGGAAGCGAGGACAAAGAGAGGCCGGAUCAAACCAACCCCUCUGCCAACUGGCUGCACGCCCGCUCUUCCCGGAAAAAGCGCUGUCCCUACACCAAAUACCAGACGCUGGAGCUAGAGAAGGAGUUUCUGUUCAAUAUGUACCUCACCAGGGACCGCAGGCAUGAAGUGGCCAGACUCCUCAAUCUGAGUGAGAGACAAGUCAAAAUCUGGUUUCAGAACCGGCGGAUGAAAAUGAAGAAGAUGAAUAAGGAGCAGGGCAAAGAGUAAAGAUGACCCCCCCCCACACACACACCCUUCCCCAGCUCACUCUUAUUAUUUAUGUGAUGGUCAAAAAGCCACUGCUGUCUGGGUUGUACCCAAGUGAGUGGGGAAGAGUAUUCCCUCUUUAAAGUCCCUUAUCUGCACCUGGAGCCUGUCUCCUUUCCUUUGCCUGUUUCUCUCUCUCCACUCCCCUGGUGUUAAAAGGAAGUUUUGUUAAGUUAGAAGCUAGCUAUAAUUGGUUCCUAGAAAAGUGAUGAGCCUCGUUCGCUUAAGGAAAGAGACCCUAGUUGAGCUCCUAGGAUCCCUGCUAAUUUUUCUGGAAAACCCCAGCCCCUCUCUUCCAGUCUACCUGUUCCCUCCCUGUAACCUAGCCAGAUGUCACCACCCAGGUACAGUUUAACUGCACACAGCCCAGCCUAUGCCCACAGACACAGAGUUUGGAGUCUACACUCAUCAUUGUGGAGAAAGGAAAUAACACCCUCCAUAAAGACAUUGUUCACCAAACCCAGCAGGGCAGCCCUCAGAUCAGGUUCAUUCUGGUUCUGCCCUGAUCCAAACACACACACUAGGAAGAUGUCUAGAGAUGCCCUCUCAAUGAGGUACUGCAGCCCAAAGUCUCAACAUCCCAAUAUGUAUCCCUAUGGAAUUGCCAGCUAGACCCCAUAUCUGGGGAGGCCUGUGGGCAGAUGUGGCCAGUCCUGUCCCCAAGUUGUCGUGAGCUAGAAAGGGUAAGAAAAAGCAGGGAGUGGUUUUAUGAAGGUACCUUAGUGGAGUCCCCUCGUAUUUUUCCCUGCAGGAAGUGUUUAAUUCUGCAUGUUUUCCUCUCCUUCCAACUAAAGGAGGUCAAAUUGUGGGUUGUAGAGGCCUGACAGUGCUGUUUCCCCAUUCUUACAUUCCUACCCCCAUUUGACAGAAUGUAGCUUUUCUUGCUGACCGCAGUCUUAGAUUCCUCUCCAUCCUCCAACUUUGAAAUCAACUCUCCUUUCCGCCAAACCCAUCUUGCACCAGCAAGACAAGUCUCCCAUUGUAGAAAAAAAAAAAAAAAAGUCCCUUUUCUCUCUGCUAGGUCAACCCCACCAUAGAGAAGGCUGGGUCAGAAGAGUCUGAAAAUUUAUUGUGAAUCAAUUCCCCAGCUCCCUUCCUGAGUAGGCAGUCAGGGCUGGGAGGAGCAAUGGUCUCAGCAAGCGGGGCUAGUGGGUAUCUUUCCAUUUCACCAGUUUCCUGACCCAGGAAGAAGAGAGCCCCUUGGCAUCCAGUCAGAGGUCUAAAGGAAGACUCCCCCAAAGCUCAGAGUGGGGACUUCACCUCCUGCAAAGUCCACUGCGGUAUCCACCCUGUUGCUGGUGCAUGCAAACAGUCCAGUGCGCACAGGAAAGAGGCAAACAUCGCGCCUGCCUCCCCAUCGGGCAGAGGUGGGGUCCUCUCUACCUCCCUGCUCUCCCUGCUUCUCAAUCCCUUCCACCGUUGGACUUUUGUUCCCGCUUCUCCUGACUGCAAAGAGGUCAUUCCAGUAGAACUUUGAAUUUUAUUUUAUUAAUAUUAUUUUUUUUUUGCUUUGUCGGUGGCUGUGGUGACAUUGUGCUUGUGUUUUUGUGAUUUCUUUGGCAAUGAUUUUCAGUUGUUGCUUAUA